AGUCGCUCGGACGUGGCCGCGGCGGUAGAUGUCCGUCAGAGGAGCGCCAGCAGUCGGUGGGACGUCGUCGUUGCGGUCUUCAGUCGCGUCUUUCUGAGUUACAAGGAAUACUGCGACACAGUCAUGGCCGAGGACGCGCCAGCUCAGAAGUUUAUAAAACCUGGGAGCCACAAGGGCAAGGGCAUCGCCGUGUUCACCAGUGGAGGCGACUCUCAAGGAAUGAAUGCCGCCGUACGAGCGGUCGUGAGGAUGGGCAUCUACCUCGGGUGCAGGGUGUACUUUAUCAGGGAGGGCUACCAAGGUAUGGUGGACGGCGGGAAGAAUAUCGAGGAGGCUACGUGGUCGUCCGUGUCUUGCAUCAUUCACAGAGGUGGCACAGUGAUCGGCUCCGCCCGGUGCCAAGAAUUCAGGGAGCGUCCCGGUCGGCGAAAAGCCGCUAAGAACUUGGUGAACCUAGGGAUAACGAAUUUAGUGGUGAUAGGCGGAGACGGUUCCCUCACGGGCGCCAAUCUCUUCAAGGAAGAGUGGCCCGCGCUUUUGAAGGAGCUCGUCCAGUCUGGCGACAUAACUGCCGAGCAGAGCGAGAAGUACAAGCAGCUGCACAUCGUCGGUCUGGUAGGCUCCAUUGAUAACGAUUUCUGCGGUACGGACAUGACGAUCGGUACCGAUUCCGCGUUACACCGUAUCAUUGAGAGCAUCGAUGCUAUAGUUAGCACAGCUUACUCUCAUCAGAGAACGUUUAUAAUGGAAGUCAUGGGUCGCCACUGCGGGUAUCUGGCUAUCGUGGGCGCUUUAGCUGCGGAGGCAGACUAUGUCUUCUUCCCAGAAUGUCCGCCUCCCGUCGACUGGCCUGAAAAAUUAUGUAAAAAGUUGGAGCAGGAAAGGCUUACUGGUCAACGGCUGAACAUUAUUAUCGUGGCCGAGGGAGCUGUUGACAGAAACGGCGACCCGAUCACUGCUGAUAAGGUGCACAAAGUCGUCGUAGAGAAAUUACAGCAGGACACAAGAGUCACCGUUCUAGGCCAUGUACAAAGAGGUGGCAAUCCUUCAGCGUUCGAUAGAGUUCUGGGCUGCCGGAUGGGAGCCGAAGCAGUAAUGGCUUUAAUGGAGGCGACACCCGAUACAGAAGCCUGCGUCGUUACAUUGGACGGUAAUCAAGCUGUGAGAUUGCCACUCAUGGAAUGUGUUCGUCGUACCAAAGCCGUAGCCCAAGCUAUGGCCGAUAAAAACUGGGAGCUGGCUGUUCAGCUUCGAGGAAAGGGCUUCGAACGCAAUUUGGAUACGUACAAGAUGCUGACUCGUCUGAAAGCGCCGGACUUGGAUGAUACUAACAGGGAAGUUAGUGGCCGCACAUUAUCGAAGCAAUACACUUUAUGUGGACAAGAUCACUACACGCUGGCGGUCAUGCACAUAGGCUCGCCGUCUUGCGGCAUGAAUGCGGCCGUCCGUUCCUUCGUGAGGAAUUGUAUCUAUCGAGGCGAUAAGGUGUACGGUAUCUGCGACGGAGUGCUGGGCCUGAUAGCCGGUAGACUGAAAUUGAUGGACUGGCCGUCUGUCACCGGCUGGGUCUCAGAGGGUGGCGCGAAAUUGGGAACGAAGCGCGCCCCGCCCCAGGAGGAUCAGUUGCCCCAAAUCGCGCAGAAGCUCAAGGAAUUUGGAAUACAGGCGCUGCUUAUCAUAGGUGGAUUCGAGGGUUACCAGACCGGUCUCAUGUUCUUCAAGGCGAGAGAUAAGUUCGAGGAGUUCAGAAUUCCUAUCGCUAUAAUUCCCGCGACUAUUAGCAACAAUGUACCGGGCACCGAGUUUUCGUUGGGCUGUGAUACAGCCUCGAAUGAAAUUACGGAAAUCUGCGACCGCAUUCGGCAAUCGGCGCAAGGUACCAAACGUCGCGUGUUCAUUAUCGAGACGAUGGGUGGUUUUUGCGGAUAUUUAGCGACUAUCGCCGGUCUAGCCGGUGGUGCCGACGCGGCGUAUAUCUACGAGGAGAAAUUCAAUAUCAAGGAUUUGAAUCACGAUGUGAUCGCGAUGGCGGCGAAGAUGUCGGAAGGCGUCGAGAGGGGUCUCAUUAUCAGAAACGAGAACGCCAAUGAGAAUUACAAUACAGAGUUUAUGUUCAGACUUUUUAGCGAGGAGGGAAAAGGUUUAUUCAGUUGUAGACGGAACAUACUUGGCCACAUGCAACAAGGAGGCUCGCCGACGCCUUUCGACCGUAACUUGGGAACAAAGAUGGGCUCAAAAGCGGUGGAAUGGUUCAGUGAUCAAUUGAGAAAAUGCACCAGCCCCGAAGGCAAAACGUUCACCACGGCAGCGGACAGUGCGGUGAUGCUCGGUAUUGUCAGACGCCAAUACAGAUACACGCCAUUCACGGAACUUAUAGAAGUUACUGAAUUUGAACAUCGCAUUCCGACGUAUCAAUGGUGGAUGAAGCUGCGCCCGUUGCUGAAAGUAUUGGCGAAGCACGAGUCGACGUACGAAGAAGAGGGUCUGUACAUAACCGUCGAAGAGAUGGACGAGCAGAAUGAUCCGCCCCUCGUGUAAACAGUGAGAUUAAUCUCUUGAAGAGCGCCGCGGUAGAUAACGCAAGGUGGAUGUCGCUAAUCGCGUGAAGAGUAGGCGCCGAUUAUUAGAAGUAUCGCAGUAUUGUAUAAAUUACGAUAAUUUUACUUCUGCUCGACGAAUCUUAUACUCAUUUAUGUGUAUCUGAAAAAAUUCAACUGUGUAUAUUAGUGGUCGUUAUUUAUUUAAGAUUUGCACGCGAUUUUUCAACGUAUAUAACUCGGGCAACCAGCAGAUGAUAUGAUCGAGAACAUACAGGGGAAAGGGAGGGUGGGACAUUUUUUUUUUCCGGCUCCGUCUUAUUCGUAUCUUGAACGUUUACGAGCUCAGGUAAGAAAUGGGUACAAAGAUAGUACCUGAAGCACAAAAGGUAUCAAGUAAUAUCUUGAUAAUGUAUUACCUAUCGGUGCAGCUUGCUGAUAAGGGCGAUAUCCUCCGUUGGCAACGAGACACGGAGUACGGUAUUGUUACGCUAUCUUAUAGUAAUGUUAAAUUCGCGCGUUGCGUACAUUGAUGUAUAGUAUUGAAGAUAAAUUAGAAUCGGUAUAUGCAAAAUGUAGCGUAUAGUAAAAUGUACCAAGUUGAAGCGCUAAAGAAAUAACGGGGCAUAGAAUCAUUUUUACAGGAAAUACGUAGAAACACGUGACUAAAUUGGAGAUGUGCAAAAUCAAUAUUUGAUAUGCUACUCGAACGUAAUACACACAAUUUUGACACGUACCUUUUAUUAUACAUGGAUCCAGCAGUAAAAUAAUUCGCAAAACGUUUAUUGGCGUCAUUAGCAAAUAGUGAUAUUAUUUGUGCAUUUUUGACGCUUUCGACAUUACGGAUGCUUUGUGAGUUAAAGAACUAACAGCCUCAAAUCUCAUUUUGACGUUUCGUUUGCUUAAUUCGUCAGUAUAACCAGGUUUAGUGGAACGCUUAAUUGUAAUUGUUCUUUUAGUUGUAGCACGGAUCGAGAAGUAAAUCAGAUUCAGAGAAAUUACAAGAGUUUCACAGAUUAAACAUUCUGAACCGUAUUUGUGGUCUACUAAGGCAUAGGAUUAAAAAGUAAUGCGGUAUUUUGCGUCGGUGAAAGUGUUUAUCUUUCGGUUUAGCGUUACUCGAAGCUAUAAAAGGCUAUUGGAGAAUAUACCUGUCUACCUCAAAACAUAAUUUUGCAACGGUCAACGAACGACUCGUAGGAAAGAAAUUGACCUGAGUCGGCACGUUAGUUGCACAUAACAUUUAAAAAAUUUUUGCUAAAUUUAAGGCUUGUGACCACAAAA